CAAAGAAGCUCAGAUCUAACUCACACCACUCCAUUGCCCAUUGCUCUGUGUACUUUGCUUCUUUAGGAGAAAGAAAGCACAAGGGGCAAAAUCGGAAAGAUUAUCAUGGCCGACGGUAGUACUAGUUCUUCGGAGUCCACUACCGCCUGCGCUGGAAGCGGCACAAGAAGAGAGAUUAUGCUGUUCGGAGUCAGGGUUGUGCUUGACCCGAUGAGAAAGUGCGUGAGUUUGAACAAUCUGUCUGACUAUGAACAGACGGCGGAGACUCCAAAGAUCGACGGCGAAGAUAGAGAUGAACAAGAUAUGAACAAAACCCCGGCCGGUUACGCCUCGGCGGAUGAAGCUCUUCCCAUGUCUUCUUCUAACGGCAAAAUCGAGAGGAAACGAGGAGUUCCAUGGACUGAAGAAGAACACAAGCUGUUCUUGCUUGGGCUGCAGAGAGUCGGUAAAGGAGAUUGGAAAGGAAUAUCAAGAAACUUUGUCAAGACCAGAACCUCUACACAAGUUGCUAGUCAUGCUCAGAAAUACUUCCUCAGGCGAAGUAAUCUUAACCGUCGCCGCCGAAGAUCUAGCCUUUUUGACAUGACUACUGAUACGGUCAUACCCAUGGAAGAAGAUCACCAAGUGCUUAUACAGGAGAACACAUCUCAAUCAUCUUCUCCUGUACCGGAAAUCAACAACUUCUCUAUACAUCCGGUUAUGCAAGUCUUUCCCGAGUUCCCGGUACCAACAGGGAAUCAAUCAUACGGACAGCUUACUUCAUCGAAUCUCAUCAAUUUGGUUCCAUUAACUUUUCAGUCAAGUCCAGCACCGCUUUCUCUCAACCUCUCACUAGCUUCAUCUAAUCUUAAUGAACCAUCUCCUUCAAUGCAUCCAGCAUUCAACACGAUUGGAGUCGCUUAGAGCUUAUCCUAAAGGUGAAAAUCUGCAACACACCCUGUUUGUUUCUUUGCUGUACAGAUAGGUCUUGACUUUGUUAUAAAAAAAUUCGUCAAAUUUAUGUAUUUGGCUAAAAAAAAUCUGUUGAAAAGAAGAAUAAUAAACAGAGUUUGGAGAUAGGACUUAAGUGGGGUUUUAGGGUUCAUAAUCAUCCUGUGUUUUUCCUUCCAUGUUUGGAAGUUGUUGUAAUACUCUCUAAGUUCAUUCGUGUGGAUCUAUCAAAACUUAUAAAUCAUAUUAACGUUAUGUUUGUUUUAUUCAUGAUCUCAAUCAUAAACAGAGUCGUAGUACUUGCUUAUCAUGUGGCUAUCUAAAUCAUGUUAGAUGAUUCAUGGGGUUUUAGGGUUUUUAUAAUAUAUCUGAUUUCCAAGGAUAAGAUAUUUUAUGUUUGUAGAAUAAUGUCAUUAUCUUUAAUGAUGCCAAUAAUGUCAAAUUUUAUUGGUCACUUCCAUCAUAGUGGAGCUUUUUCUUUUCCCAUCAGAUGCUUUUAAUAUAUUUUGUGUGGGAUGAUUACAUAUUACCCCUGUUGCGUAAGCAAUAAUCUUCCAAUCACAGAACAUGAUCCCCAUUCAUUAAUCGACCAAUCAAACAGCAUCAUUUUUAUAUGAUGAUGAUGUAUAUGUGUAUGUCAUGUGUGUGUUGGCAUGUCCUCUGUUUCUGUCGUGUAUGGUUGUAUUCAGUUUUAGCGUCAACGACAAACUUCUCCUCACGUCUAAGCGGGG